AUGACACCUUCUACGUGGAAUUUAAUUCUCUCUGAUGUAAACAAGACUGAUUGCUCGAAUGUAGUCAUGAAGAAGGUCCGCAGAGCCGCUGACAUAGGCCAUAUACCAUCUGUAGUGAUGAACGAUAUACUUGCACGUGUUCUACCUGAUGACGGCAAGUCAGAUGUUGUGAAGAAAGUUUCUAAAGCGGUACAGAAAAGAAAACUUUCUAAAGGCGUAAUACAUGAUAUAACCAAUUGUUACUUGCGACUGCGAGGUGAAGAACCAAUCGUGGAGAAAGUUAAAACAGCAAUUGAAAUGGGUGAAAUGUCACCUUCUCUUGAAACAACCCUAAAAGGAUUAGCAAAAAAUGACACAGAGAAAAUCUGUAGUAGAAGAUCUAUAUUUAAUAAGAACUAUCGUAAAGGUAGAAGUAAAAUACAUGUGCCUCCUUCCGUUAAGGAAGAGAUGUAUGCAGACUUACUGGCUAGCGAAAAUAAGUCCCAAAUUAUAAAGAAUGUUCGCAAAGGUGCCUCAAAUACUUAA